AAGAGAAGGCUCUGGCUUCUUUUACAGGUGAAGUCAGGUGUGAGGCACCAAAUAACAAACUGGAUAAGUUCACAGGAACUCUUACUCUUCGAGGAGAGAAGUAUGCCCUCGACAAUGAGAAGAUGUUGCUGAGGGGCUGUACAAUUAGGAACACAGAGUGGUGCUUUGGUCUUGUUAUUUAUGCUGGGCCAGACACUAAACUAAUGCAGAACAGUGGAAAAACAACUUUUAAACGGACGAGCAUUGAUCGGCUCAUGAAUGUCCUUGUGUUGGUGAUCUUUGUAUUUUUAGCACUGAUGUGUCUUAUCCUAGCCAUUGGCAAUGGCAUCUGGGAGUAUGAUAAGGGCUACUACUUCCAGGUCUAUCUGCCCUGGGCAGAAGGCGUCACCUCUGCCUCCUACUCUGGCUUCCUCAUGUUCUGGUCAUACGUGAUCAUUCUAAACACGGUGGUGCCGAUUUCACUCUACGUCAGUGUAGAGAUUAUACGCUUGGGUAACAGUUUCUACAUUGACUGGGACCGCAAGAUGUAUUAUCCGGUCAAUGACACACCAGCUCAGGCCCGUACCACUACACUCAAUGAAGAGCUGGGGCAGAUCAAGUACAUCUUCUCAGACAAAACAGGAACUCUCACUCAGAACAUCAUGUGUUUCAACAAGUGCUCCAUCAAUGGCAAGUCCUAUGGUGAUGUGUAUAAGUCUGGGCAAAGGAUAGAAAUAAAUGAGAACACAGAGAAGGUGGAUUUCUCAUAUAACCAGUUGGCCGACCCAAAGUUUGCCUUCUAUGACCACAGCCUGGUCGAAGCCGUGAAGCUGAACGAUGUCCCGACACACAGGUUCUUCCGGCUGCUCUCACUUUGCCACACAGUGAUGCCAGAAGAGAAGAAGGAAGGUAGCUUGGCGUAUCAGGCACAAUCUCCUGAUGAGGGAGCCCUCGUCACUGCUGCCAGAAACUUUGGAUUUGUGUUCUGGGCUCGCACACCAGAGACCAUCACCGUUGUUGAAAUGGGAGAAACAAAAAUCUACAAACUCCUGGCUAUUCUUGAUUUCAACAAUGUUCGCAAGCGAAUGUCUGUUAUUGUGCGGAGUCCAGAAGGUGACUUGACUUUGUACUGCAAGGGAGCUGACACCAUUCUUUAUGACCUGCUUCACUCAUCCUGUGAAUCUCUCAAAGAGGAGACCACAGAACACCUGAACGAGUUUGCUGGGGAAGGUCUGAGGACACUCGUGGUGGCCUGUAAAAACUUGGAUGAAGACUACUUUCAGGACUGGAUCAGGCGUCACCAUGAAGCCAGCACCGCCUUGGAAGGACGGGAAGAGAAACUGUCGGAGUUAUAUGAAGAGAUUGAAAAAGACCUCAUGCUGCUUGGUGCCACAGCGAUUGAGGACAAGCUGCAGGACGGAGUGCCACAGACAAUCGAGACACUUGCCAAAGCCAACAUUAAGAUAUGGGUCCUCACUGGAGACAAGCAAGAGACGGCAGUGAAUAUUGGCUACUCCUGCAACUUGCUGAAUGAUGACAUGGAAGAUGUGUUCAUUAUUGAAGGCAGCACAUCUGAUGACGUACUUAAUGAGCUGAGGAAUGCAAGGAAAAAGAUGAAGCCAGACUCCUUUCUGGACAGUGAUGAAAUCAACAUUCAGUUUCAAAAAUCUUCAAAAAAACCAAAAGUUAUACCUGAUGAGCAAGCGAACGGAGUGUAUGGACUGGUUAUCACUGGCCACAGCCUGGCUUACGCGCUGGAAGGGAAUUUGGAGCUGGAGCUGGUGCGAACUGCCUGCAUGUGCAAGGUGGUGAUCUGCUGCCGGGUGACCCCGCUGCAGAAGGCCCAGGUGGUGGAGCUGGUGAAGAAGUACAAGAAGGCCGUGACCCUGGCAAUCGGAGAUGGUGCCAACGAUGUCAGCAUGAUCAAAACUGCCCACAUCGGGGUUGGUAUCAGCGGCCAGGAGGGGAUGCAGGCGGUCUUGUCCAGUGACUUCUCCUUUGCGCAGUUCCGGUACCUGCAGCGCCUGCUCUUAGUUCACGGCCGGUGGUCCUACAUCCGCAUGUGCAAGUUCCUCAAAUACUUCUUCUAUAAGAAUUUUGCCUUCACAUUAGUGCAUUUCUGGUAUGGCUUCUUCUCUGGCUUCUCAGCACAGACAGUCUAUGAUGAGUGGUUCAUUACGCUUUACAAUUUGGUAUAUACCUCCCUUCCGGUGCUAGGAAUGAGCCUUUUCGAUCAGGAUGUGGGUGAUCGCUGGAGCAUGCUGUUUCCUGAGCUAUACGUGCCUGGCCAGCAAAACCUCUAUUUUAACAAAAUCGUGUUUGUCAAAUGCAUGUUGCAAGGGAUCUACAGUUCCCUCAUUCUCUUCUUCAUCCCCUAUGGGGCCAUGUACAAUACAAUAAGAAGUGAUGGGAAGGCCAUUGCUGACUACCAGUCCUUUGCACUGAUGGUCCAGACCUGCUUAUUGAUUGUGGUGUCUGUACAGAUUGGCUUGGACACCUCUUACUGGACAGUUGUGAACCAGUUCUUCAUCUGGGGCAGCCUUUCUGUUUACUUUGCUAUCACCUUCACCAUGUAUAGUGAUGGCAUGUACCUGAUCUUCACAGCCUCCUUUCCCUUUGUUGGUACGGCUCGAAACACCCUCGGCCAACCAAGCGUGUGGCUCGCAAUCUUCCUCAGCAUCACCCUCUGUGUGCUGCCUGUAGUUGGCUUUCGAUUCCUGAAGACUCAGUUAAAGCCAACUCCCAGUGAUAAAGUCUUGCUCAAGAUCAAAGAAGCCAAAAAGAGGCCACCUCCACCCUCACCCAAGAGACGCCUCCGUCGGACCAGCACCCGGCGCUCUGGCUAUGCCUUCUCCCAUCAGCAUGGCUUUGGAGCACUCAUUAUGUCUGGGAGAAACAUGCGGCCAAAAUCACCUUUUGCAACAACAGGAACAUUUUCACCAAAUAGUGAGAAAUACAAACACAAAGGACUGUAA